AUGAAAUCAAUACGACUACACGAUAGUAUCCAAGAAGAAGGCUAUCAUUAUUUAAUCUUUGAUUUGGUGACCGGCGGUGAACUGUUUGAGGACAUCGUCGCCCGGGAAUACUACUCAGAAGCCGAUGCAUCCCAUUGUAUACAACAAAUACUUGAAUCAGUAAAUCAUUGUCAUAUGAAUAACAUUGUACACCGAGACCUCAAACCUGAAAAUCUAUUACUAGCGAGUAAACAAAAAGGCGCCGCCGUUAAACUCGCUGAUUUUGGCCUCGCCAUCGAGGUCCAGGGCGAGCAACAAGCCUGGUAUGGUAUGUACGACCAUCAUUGGUUUUUA